CAGCGGUCGCGCCACCAUUGAAAGCCAUGGCUGCGCGGAAAAUAUCGGAUCCGAAACCACCUAGUUUCGAAGAGGAAGUGAACGAGUUGAUGCAACCAGGCAUCAUUCCCAAGCUAUGGGGAAAACCGUCCGCAAAGGUGAUGGACGAUCCAUACUCUCGUGAGACGGCCCCUUGGUAUAUCAAGCUGGUGCGCACGGAGCCAACACCCAUAAAACAUGAGGUUUCUAGUUUGGAGUUAGUGUGCACCACUUGUAGCUUGGUUCUUUUCACCGUGCAAGUGGCAAUCCCAAUCAAUUAUCCCAAUUUGCGACGGGCACAGCAGCUGACAAACUUGGAGUUGCAAGCGCGAGCAAGCGGAUGUUUUCCGCAAAAUCAGGAUAUACGCCCAGAGCUUAAGGUCUGUGCGGAGGUUGAGCGAGAUGGCCGUGCUUUGGCUCAUGCUGGCCCGCCCUUGAAAAAGGACAAGGAGUUGGUGCUGAAGGCCGUCCAAAAGGACGGCAGCGCCUUAAUGUUUGCAUCGGAAGAGCUGCAACGCGACAAGGAUGUGGUCCUGGCGGCUGUGGCUUGUGAUGGUCUCGUGUUGAGCUUGGCUAAAGACCUGAUUGGGGACAAAGAAGUGGCCCUGGUGGCCGUGGCACAAAAUGGCAUGGCGCUGCGGCACUGUGCCGAGCAUCUGCGAGAUGACCAGGACGUUUGCUUGGUGGCAGUGCAGCAAAACGGCCGGGCGCUGCGCCACGCAUCGGAGCAGCAGCAGAACAACAAGGAGGUGGUCGAUGCGGCGUUGGAGAACUGCACCCAGGCGCUUCCAUAUGCUGGCCCCGAGCUUAAAAAGGAGUGGGAGGAAAUCCUCACAGGCCGCUGGAAGGACGAGGGCUGGCACCUUGAACGGCGGCAGGCGGGGCAGAUUCUGAGCCAGAUCAAGACCUGAAGACUCGGUGAAGACGUCAGGAUGUACUUUUUUUUUUUCCGGAGAUGGGUCAAACAAAUGAAAGGUAAGUGUGGG